AUGAAGAUCGUGGCUAUCCUGGCUCUCUGCUUCUUGGUAGUUAUCUGUGUCGCUUCAGAUGCUGCCACCAACCCUCAGCCUGCUGGUGACAACCCUGCUGAGGAUGGUUUGUUUGUGGAGAGGGAGCAGGCCUCCACGGUGGUGAGGCAGAAGAGAGCUCCUGGACAGUUAUCCUUGGUACAGCUGGAGAGCCUGAGAGAAGUGUGUGAGGCCAACGUGGCUUGUGAGCACAUGAUGGACAUAAACGGCAUCAUUGCCGCCUACACUGCCUACUAUGGACCAAUCCCCUAUUAGAGGCUACAGCUGACUGUGCACCAGAGCUGCCUUUUUUCUUGCAUUGCCACCUCUGCGCUCGGCUUUUUCAUUGCUGCAAAGCAAAUUGUCUAAAAGUGUGGCAGACGGAUCAGACUGGAAGAAACCAAACACCAGCAUGUGGAUUUACUUUCUUUCCUAACUGCACCUUCAA